AGCCGGCAGCCAUAUUGCUCAGUCAAGUCGGCUUCUUCACUUUGGCUGGGUGUCUUCUUUAAAAUCGCUUCCUUGCAUUUAAAAAAACACCGACAGAUUUCACCUGAGAACCCCAUUUCGCCAAACUUGGACGGCACGUUAUCUCGGAUUUAAAAAAUUCAACAAAAUGAGUCCAACCGAUGCUAAACGAGGGGCUAAACGCAGGAAGAACAAGCGGGGCGGUGGCAGUAGCUGCAGUGCUGUCUGCAAUAGUAGCAACGGCGUCGGCAAGGCCGGGCUUCCGUCGGCCCUCGGCUGUGCUGGAGCUCCGACACCUGCCGGCUUCCUUGCACCUGCCAGUGGAGGCAGCGGCAACGUGGGCUCCAUGAACGGAGAGGUCAAAGCAAACAACAGCGUCACGCCACAGUUCACAGAAGGACCGGUGAACGCGGACUUCUCUGGAGUCCUUCAGACGCCGUUCACCUUUGGCUUGAACCAGCGGGCCCCGUACACGGCCGGCAACCGCUGCCUCCUGUGCCGAUGCGAGCGCAGCAAAGACGCCCUCCGUCCAUCGGAGGCGGGCAGCCCCGACCAGUGCGGCGCGUCGGAGGGCGGCCAGACGCCCAGCGCCCUCCAGCUGCCUCUGUGGGUGUGCUCAGACUGCAGGCGCACCGUGGAGAAGGAGGACCGGCACCCUGCACUGGAGCAGUCGCUGGGGAGCCAGGAUUUCCUUCUACACAUGCCGGUGGGUAACGGAAGCCUGGGCAAGGACGCGGGCGACAGACUAACCACCGCCACACCCACACCGCCCAUGCUCCCAGCACCCGACCUCGCCACACCCAUGCCCGCCGACACGGCAUGUGGCUGUGAAGCGUGCCACGAAAGGCGAGAGAUCUCGGCCGAGUCAGAGCGGGAGUCUCAGCAACUGCAGAACCACUGGUCGGAGGUACGCUACCUGGUCCGCUGCAUCUACCGGCAGGCCGGAACGCCGCUGGCGGAUGACCACGACCAGCCCCUGGAGAGGGACAAGGAGGGCAUGAAGGAGCUGGUAGACAGACUCUGCGAGAAGGACCCCUACCAGCUGUACCAGCGACUGGAGCAGCAGGCCCGCGAGUACGUGCUGGAGAUGAAGGUGCGGCUCCUUAAGCACCUCUCGGCGGGCUCCAAGAUGCCGGGACCCGCAACGGCGCCCAUAGCCCAGGGUCCUCCUCAGGCCCACCAGUUCAUCUCCCUGCUGCUGGAGGAGUACCGCGCCCUCUGCCAGGCCGCUCGUACCAUCAGCGGCUUUCUGCUCACCCUGGAGAAUGAGCACCUCCAGAAAUUCCAUGUGACGUGGGAGCUGCACAACAAGCACCUUUUUGAGAAUUUGGUCUUCUCUGAACCAAUCUUGCACAGCGGCUUGCCGGCACUGGUUGCACAGCUAAAACACGGCACCACUUCCCACGACUCGUACAGUGAAGACAUGUACAGGACCUUGUUAGAGAGCUACCAGCACCUGCAGCAGGAGAUGGUGUCUGUGGCCACUGAAUGGCAGGAGUGCGAGAAGAGAAUCGACGACUAUGUUGAUGAGCAGUUACUCUUCAAGGUGGAGGGCCAGAGUUUCACCAACCAAAGAACAGAGCCUCAUAAGUCAUUAGUUGGCAAAAAUACUUUAAAGACAAAACAACGAAUGCUAAAAGAAGACUGGGAGUUCUUUAAGCAGCGGCGAUACAUAGAAGAGCAGUUACCCAACAAUAAGAAGCUGCCCUGUGGAGACAACUUCACAGACACCAUGAGAAUGCUGUCAUCACGCCUGAGCAUUCCUGACUGUCCAAACUGCAAUUAUCGGAGGAGGUGCACAUGCGACGACUGCAGUCUCUCCCACAUCCUGACAUGUGGCAUCAUGGACUCGCCCAUCUCCGAGGACCUCCACAUCAAGCUGCCUCUGCAAGGGGAACCCUCCCAGGACUACCUGGCUGAGGUGCACCCGCCCAGCCUCUCCUCGGGCAGUUCGGCAUCAGGCUCCAACUCCAGCUCUCCCAUCACCAUCCAGCAGCAUUCCAGACUCAUUCUGCCCGCCGGGGAAAGCAACACUUUCGUCAGCGAUGACGACGAAGUGCCUCCCAUGUCCACCAAUUUUGGGGACAUCUACCCAGUGAGUGGCUACGAGGGCAACUGUGUCCCUGCAGUGAACGGACACCACGGCGACAUGAACGGCGACGGUGUAAAUGUUACUCAGAAGGCAGUGUCACCUGGCAUCAGCAGCAGCAGUAGCUCGUCAGAGGGUGACGACGAGGACAGCAGACAGCAGGAAGAACGUUCCACUAGAAAAACCAAUAGUCCUCCUCCGUCUUACAACCACCAGCAGGUUGGGCAAGUCCAGCGUGCCUGCGAGUGCCACGUGUGCAACCAGGACCCCACCCCCUCCGCCUUGGGGCCGGCCGGGUGCCUGCCCGCCAGCCGACUCCACUUGGCAGCGCCCCCCGCCGUCGGGCACCAGUUCUUUGCUGACAACAAGACGGCCCCCGCCCACCCGGCGCUACACCUCUAUCCACACAUCCAUGGCCACCUGCCGCUUCACAACUUCUCCCGGCCCCUGCUGCAUCCCACGCUUUACCCCCCUAGUCCUCCCCUCACGCACAGCAAGCCCUUGCCUCCGAACCCCACAACAAACCACUCUGCAGCCAAGCAGCCGGCCUUCAGCCCCACGCUCCCCGAGCACGUCUACCAGAACUGCUUCAAUGGCGGCGGCAGCAACUGGAACAGCUCGUUGCAGUGCCUCUCGCUCAAGUUUGAGAAUCUGUGGGAUGCCGCCGUGAUGAAGAGCUGGAAUCCAUCCAUGCUGCUGCCUGAGUCGCUGCCAGGUGACACGCUCGGGCCACCCCUCGCCGACGUCCCGCUACCCCCGACACCCGCCGGCCCACCAGUGGAACACCCCUCACUACCUGGCCCCGUGCCCCCUUCCUCGUCCUCAUCGCUCUCCUCCUCGUCCUCGUGCUCCUCCUCGGAUGCCAAGGAGCAGAAGAAGAGCAGCGCCAAGAAGAAGUGUCUCUACAAUUUCCAAGAUGCCUUCAUGGAAACCAACCGGGUGGCUAUGGCGACCUCAGCCUCCAUGUCGUCCGUGUCCUGCACUGCCACCACUGUCCAGUCAAGUAAUAACCUCCCCAUCCACCUUGCAUCUAAAAGCCCCAAUUCUUUAGAUGACGUGUUUCACAGCUUGGGUAAAGAGGACCACAGGCAAGCCUCUCCGGUCAUCCCCCAACACCCCGCCACACCGCUGAGCUCCCUGCCGCCGCUCUCCGGCCCGUCACUGCCUACAGCGCCUGGCCAGCACAUCCCCGCCAUGGGACCACAGUCUUUUCCCAAAAUAGCCGCCCCAGCCCCGGACUUGGGCGAGACCCACCAGGGUCUGUGCCUCCCCCCGGCCGAGCCCGCCAUCUCCUCCUCGACAGACGGUCCACUCAGUGCCCCGCCGAGUGUCUGCAGUGAUCCUGACUGUGAAGGCCACCGCUGCGAGGGCAGCAGGGUGUACGAGCAUCCGCCUUACGACGGAGAGGAGAGCCAGGAUGAGGACAGCUGUUCGGAGCACAGCUCCUCCACAUCUACGUCAACCAACCAGAAGGAAGGAAAAUACUGUGACUGCUGCUACUGCGAGUUCUUCGGCCAUGGUGGGCCUCCGGCGGCUCCGACGAGUCGAAACUAUGCAGAGAUGCGGGAAAAGCUGCGCCUGCGCCUCACGAAACGCAAGGAGGAGCAACCAAAGCGGGAGGAGCAGCAGCCCGUGCUGGAGCGGGACGGCGGGGUAGAGGACCACCGGCGAGUGGAGGACCUUCUGCAGUUCAUCAACAGCGCCGACAGCAAACCGGCAUCCAGUUCCAAAGCGGCCAAGCGAGCGAGGCAUAAACAAAAGAAGAUGGAGGAGAAGGCGCGUCUGGAGGCCGAAGCUCGUGACCGGGAGGAACAACUGCUGCAGGAGGAGCAGCAGAGGCGGCGGCGGCAGGAAGAAGAAGAGGCAGCGCUUCAGCAGGAACUGCUCAGGCUGCAGGAGCUGCAGCAGCAACAACAUUGCGCAACCAAGAAGAAAAAGAAAGACAAAGCCAAGGAGAACACCGCACCCCCUCAGAACAAUCCACAGCCCCUCAAACAAACAGCCCAGAAUGUCCUCGACCAUCUUCAGAACGUAAAGUCGCAGCUGCUCCAAAACCUCAUCUGCCUGCCGGAUCAGAGGGACGGCAGGUUGGAGCACAGCCCCAAACGCAGCAGCGAGAGAAGCUUCUCUGCUCAGGACAACAAUGCCGCCAACCUCCACCACCACAACGCUGAUAUCAACAACAAAGUCAAGGCCAAGCAGAUGGCGAAGGCGAUCACGUGCGAGCUCCCACUUAAAAAGGACCCGGAAUUACCCAAGAGCUCAGAGACGGCAGCAAAACUCGCCAACGGCACCGCAGAGACCAAAGCAACAUGCGCCAGGUCCGUCGAGACGCCCGCUCUUCCUCUUCCUCCUCCUCCUCCCCCUCCUCCUCCUCCUGCAACCACCGUCACGGAAGCACGCAGGGAGGAAAGGAAUAACAACAGAAGUGCCAGCGGGAAGAGGCACAUGAAGGAAGAUCGGAGAAGUCCGCCUGUGUCCAACCCCUCCCCGUCACCUCCCCCUCCUCAGACGACCUCCCAUUCCGAACAGACGGAGCAGAACACGAAACCUCCCAGCGCAGAGUCCCCACAACCCAAAGGCAAAGCGAAGAAGAACAAGAAGAAGAAGGGGGACAAGAUGAACACCUCCAUAGAUGACGUGUUCCUGCCCAAAGACAUCGAUCUGGAUAGCACUGAAAUGGACGAGACGGAACGCGAAGUGGAAUAUUUCAAAAGGUUCUGCUUGGACUCUGCGCGGCAAACACGUCAGCGCCUCUCCAUCAACUGGACCAACUUCAGUUUGAAGAAGGCCACCUUUGCCGCGCACUGAAGUCACACGCACCGCGACGGCGCCCGGGCGUUUCUUUCACCGCCAACGCCUCCACCUUCCCUCCCACCUGUUCGCUCCCGCUGUGCCCGAAUCACACCCGACGCUGCCUUGCUUUGUUCUCCUCGCCGCGUGGUUCCCACGGGACCCGUAUGGACUUGCUGAACUAAAAACAACAAAAACACACACACUGAACGGGAAGUAAAAAAAACAACACACACACACAAAACAGAAAUGCCUCUGUUGAUUUCAUGUUCCUGGCGUGCUUGUGUGCUUUUAGUCGGCCAUUUCUUUUUGACUGAAAAAGCCAUGGUCUGAAAUGAAAAGAAAAAAUGGAGAAAAAAUCAGUAACUAUUCCGAAUUAAAAGCUGUAUUUGACAUAUUGUGGCUUUUUAUCCCAUCGCUUCCCAGCACGGCGUCUCAUCCACUUUGGUAAAAAAGGUGCUCGGUCAGCUGGUCUCCACUUCCUGCAACCACCCUCACCCCACCCCCACUACUCCUCCUUGUAUUUCACAGAAGGGAGGGGGGCAAAAUACUUGACAAUGUUUUUGUUUUUUUUUUUUUGGUUUUGUUUUUAGGUUCUGUUUAACAAAAUGUACUGGAUACUUUUUUUUUCUUGGAUGUUUCGUAGCCAGGUUGUGUCAGAAGACUAAGGAUGAAAGAAGAAGCAAGUACUCACUUAUCAAUCAGUCACAAAGUGUGUAUUGUAUUAACACUGAAGCCCGACUGGCUACUUUUAACAUAUUGUUAAGUAAUAUUGAAUCAUGUCUUUCUUUUUGAAAGAUGGAAUACAGUAGUAUGGCAGGAUCACGUCUGCUUGUGUCCGCUCUUGUUUCCUACACUGCUGCAGCGCUCAGGACGCUUGGGAUGGGAUAUGUUCUCAUAUAAUCAUAUGGCAACAUAUUCCCCUUCCAGAUGACACCAUCAUGAUUUGAAAUACAUUUAUUUAGUUUGUACACUUUUUGUUAUAACUUAAGAAACUAUCAUUCAAAUUGAAACUGUACGAUUUAAAAUGUAUUGGUACAUUAAAGUUAGUUUAUUCAAAUUAUACAUAAAAAUGUAUAGUUACAUUAAAUGUAAUUUUGGAAAAUAAUUUGUACAAUCAGGAUAUAAUUUGAAAAUUUUAAUGAAAUUAUAAAAAAAAAUAUAUAA